AUGCCGCUGGACGGUGUGAAGAAUAUUGUGUUGGUCCUCUCCGGGAAAGGCGGCGUCGGCAAAUCCUCCGUGACCCUCCAACUCGCUCUUACUCUAUGCCUCCAAGGCCGGUCCGUGGGUAUUCUGGAUGUCGACUUAACUGGCCCUUCUAUCCCACGCCUCGUCGGACUAGAAGAUGCGAAGAUUACACAGGCCCCGGGCGGCUGGUUGCCGGUCACCGUCCAUCCCUUCCACACCCCUUCUUCAGACGGGUUAAACGGCAGUCAGAGAGCAAACAAACCGGAUGAUUCGAACGAAUCUUCCUCCUCUACAGUAGAGACUGCCCCUCAGAGCACCAAUUUCUGCGGCUCCCUACGCUGCAUGUCCCUCGGCUUUCUCCUCCGCGACCGUGGCGACGCCGUAAUAUGGCGCGGUCCCAAGAAGACCGCUAUGAUCCGUCAGUUUCUCACGGAUGUUUUAUGGGGAGAAACGGACUAUCUUCUCAUCGAUACGCCGCCAGGCACGAGCGAUGAACAUAUCGCGCUCGCUGAGCAAUUGCUCACCAUUCAGCAAACUUACUCUUUGCGUUCUUCACGUGCCACAGCGCCGAAAUUAGCGGGCGCCGUUCUGGUGACGACGCCCCAGGCGAUAUCCACUUCCGACGUGCGGAAGGAGAUCAAUUUCUGUGUUAAAACGCGCAUACCAGUUUUGGGGGUGAUUGAAAACAUGUCUGGAUAUACAUGUCCGUGUUGUGGCGAAGUGAGCAACGUCUUCUCCCGCGGAGGCGGACAAAUUAUGGCACAGGAAUCGGGCGUAAGAUUCUUGGGAGCUGUUCCGAUUGAUGUUGGAUUUGGUGAAAUGGUAGAGGGAUGGAAGGAGGACUCUACUGGGCAAGACCAGGGAAAUAAAGCGACAAAAAAGGCGCAAGACGCCCGUCUGGAUUCUUAUGACGAUUUGCUGGUUGAGAGAUACAAAAAGUGCUGGUCUUUUUCGGUCUUUGAAGAAUUUGCGAAGAAGCUGAUUGGUCUUAUAGAGGGCUCAGACCAGCAAUAA